CAACUUCUUCUUCUUCCAACGUCUCUCGCCGCUUCUUUAAAAUCCUCUCCUGAAUCCUUUGACUGCCAUUAAUGCCCCAACCACAAAUCUCACACCAAUAUAGACAACCAUCCAAUUCAAACCUCCUUUUCCUCUUUCCUUCAGCCAUCUCACAAUCCAAACAACAGAAAUGAAGCUCCCGUUUCUCUUCCGGCCAACAGAGGGCACAGUUUCAUGGCCGUGGCAGUCCUGCGGAAGCUAUAGAACCCUCUCUUUCCGCGCCAACUCUGCCAACAACUACGCCACCGUCGAGGGACCGGCGGAGGAGGACGACGGCGAAGGCAGCGGGGAGUCCAUAGAGGCGGUGAUUCGGGGGCUGAGGUCGGCGGAGAGGCUGUUUUUCGAGCCGGGAGAGACGAGCUCGAUAACGGGUGAACCCAAAAGAGGCGAAAUUCCGUUCAAGGAGAGUGUGGUGGUGGAGAUGGAAUCUGAAAACCCUUUUGUGGACUUCAAGAGAUCGAUGGAGGAGAUGGUGGAGGCUCAGGGCUUGCGGGAAAGUGAGUUUCUUGAAGAGCUGUUGAACUGGUAUUUGAGGUUCAACGAUCCGAACAAUCAUGGGUAUGUGAUUGGAGCUUUUGUUGAUUUGUUGGUUGAUCUCGCCGCCUUUUCUUCUGAUGAUCGUGAUUCUUCUUCUUCUUCUUGCUGUUGUUGUUUGUCUGAACCUAAUGAUCGGUGUUGUUCUAGUACCAGUACGACUGCUCGCUCUCCAACCUCUGCUUUGUCCUUCUUUUCUUCCAGUACUUGUUAUACUAGUCCUUGCUUAUCUUCGUUAGAAGGUGAGGAUGAGAUUGAAAAGGCAGCAGAAAAUUCUCCAUCUCCAGAUUCUUGAUUUACUCUAUGCGAAGUUGAAAUUAAUUAUAUAUGCAUGUACAUUUCUAGUUUGAGAAGGUCCCCCCCCCCCCCCCCCCCCCUCUCUCUCUCUCUCCGAGAUUCUGCAAUAUUGAUGUUUUGAGUCAGUCAUCUGCAUUGAACGAAGAACAAUUGAAACUGAUGAAAAAUAUCAAAUGCCAUUA